AUGAAAGUGAUUAUAUUUCUAACUGUUACUUUUAUUUUUACUAUUAUUAAUGGUCAACAACAUAAUAUUCCUCAACAUCAAGAAACAUUUUUUCAUGAAGAUCACUUGAAUAACAUAUUGGACUCUCAUGAUAAUGAUAAUAAUGAUCAUGGAAUUGAUUUUGAACGACACAUCUCUAUUCCAUAUCCACAAUGUUUUAGAAAUAAAUUAGCUUCAUCAUUUCUUAAAUCAGACGUACUUGAACAUAUAUUUAAAAUAAAACUUGAAGAAGAAGACGCAAAAUUGACAAAAGAACAUGAAAGAAAUCUUGAAUUACACAACGAUGAUAUUUUGGAUUUCGAAGAAAUGCAAUUACGAUCUGAUGCUCACAAUGGUGCAUUACUUGCUCGUUCUGCAACAAAAGCAGCUGAUGAACUUAUCUAUCAACUUUCAUGUAUAACAAAUGCAUCAAUAACUCCUAAUUUAGAUAAUUUUCUAAAAACAAUUCAAUUACCAUCUAUGUUUUGUGCAUAUCAGUCAAAUCCAAGUUGUGAAGGAUUAACAAAUUAUCGAACAGUAACUGGUGUAUGCAAUAGUCUUUCACGUCCUUAUCGAGGAAGUUCACAAACUGCAUAUGGAAGAUUAUUACCUCCAGUUUAUGAUGAUGGUUUGAGAUUACCACGAUCAGAAUCUGUUGUAGGUGGUUCUUUACCACCAUGUCGUCAAGUCAGUUUAGCUUUUGGUUCAAAACCCACGUUUGAUUCUGCUAUUAAUAAUCUUUGGGUUACUUAUGGACAAUUUCUUGUUCAUGAUUUAACAUUUGCAACACCUGUAACUGAUUCUGGACGAACACCAAUAACAUCUUGUAAUUGUGAUUCAAAAGAUACGGAUAUGUGUAAUGUCAUUGAUAUUGCUCCUAAUGAUCCGUUUAUGGCUGGACAAAGAUGUGUAGCUGUACCAGCAACAGCUCAAGCAUUUUCCGAUCAAAUUUGUGCACUUGGUGUCAAAGAACAGGUGAAUGGAAAUUCGCAUUACGUUGAUUUAUCUGUCACAUAUGGAAGUACAAGAAGAACAGCUGCUUCUAUACGAGUUGGUACAGAGGGAUUAAUGAAAACAACACUAAAACGUGAAUUUAAAUAUGAUUUACCACCUGGUCAACGAGAAGGAAGAUCAUGUGUCGAUUCAACUGAAACAAAUAAAUGUUUUGCUGGUGGUGAUUCACGUUUGAUGGAAAAUCCAAUUUUAUCUGGUGUUCAAGCCCAAUGGUUACGUAUACAUAAUGAAUUUGCUCGUGAACUUAAUCGUAUACGUCCUGAUUGGAAUUCAAAUGAUAAUACUUUAUAUGAAGAAUCGAAAAAAAUUGCAACAGCUCUUCAUCAACAUUAUACUUAUAAUGAAUGGUUACCAAUUCUUAUUGGUAAAACAGCAACAGCACAGUAUCUUGGUGAUAAACAUCUUCAUACUGAAUAUAAUCCAUCAAUGCCUGGAGUUGUAUUCAAUGAAGUAGCUGCAGCUGUAUUACGUUUACAUACAUUUGUUCGUGAUUUAAUUAGUCGUUGUAAACCAAAUGGAGAUUUAAUUGAUCAACUUUGGUUUAAUGAAGUUGCUUCAAAAUGCAAAUUUGCAUAUGAUGUAAAAACUAAUGGUUUAGAUUCAUUUUUAUGUGGUGCAUUAGUUGAUUUCAGUUUUGCUGCUGAUACAAAUUAUGCUCAACAAAUUCAUCAUCGAUUAUUUGAAUCAACAAAUCAUCAAGGUGAAUUACGACGUAGUGAUUUAGUAGCUCUGAAUAUUUGUCGAGGACGUCAACAUGGUUUACCAGGUUAUAAUGCUUAUCGACAACUUUGUGGUUUUCGACUUGCAAAUCGUUUCCAAGAUUUUUCUGAUACUAUGAGUCCUCAAUCAAUUGAAACGAUGCAGACGCUUUAUAAACAUCCUGAUGAUGUUGAUCUCUUUGCUGGUCUUAAUCAUGAAACACAUACGCACGAUGCUCUAGUAGGUCCAGUUUCUGUUUGUCUUAUCGGUAUACAAUUUAAACAUCUUAAAUAUGGUGAUCGAUUCUUUUACACUCAUCAUGGUGAAUUUACAAAAGCUCAAUUACAUUCCAUUAAGAACUAUUCAUAUCGAUGUUUUCUUUGUCACACAGUAGAUAUUGAACAAGUUGCUCGCAAUCCAUUUCAACCACCAAAUGAUAUUACUAAUCCAUUAGAAUCGUGUAGUACGUGUUCUAUUUUUGAUUUUGGUCCAUGGCAUAUGCCUAAGGCCAGUUAA